AGCUAAAAGGGUGUGAAAUUUCACAUAAUUAACAUCAAGGAGACAGACAGUGGGAACAGACAGAUAAACGGUAUCCGUUAGACACAAAUAGUAAGAUAUGUCAAAAUCAAAGUCCAAAGACCACACAGAAACCAAUACCGAGGAUGAGUUGACCAAUGAGGCCAAGAAAUUCUUAGAUGAAGAAUAUCAUUUGAAAAUUAUCAAAUUUUUGGGUUCCGGUGCCUAUUCUAAGGUAUAUAAAGCUGUCGAUUAUGACAAAGUCGGUUAUGCCAUAAAAGUGAUUGAAAUGGAUAAACAAGACGAAGACAUACGCACUGAGUUUAUUCCGCGCGAAUUGCAGAUUCUGAGUGAUGUUCAAGACUGUUGUCAUCCAAACAUUAUGAUGACAUUUGGUUACCAACCGUUCGAUAACUAUUUGUUUAUCUUCUGCGAGUUGGCCGACGGCGGUGAUCUCAUCUCAGUGCUCGACAAGACACGCGACACUGAUCUCGACCCCCAAAUCAUCCAACAAUGGUAUUAUCAAAUAGCCAGUGCCGUCAAUCAUCUGCACCUAUUAGGUAUUGCGCACCGGGAUAUCAAGCCGGACAAUGUUAUCAUAUGUAAUGGUACGGCCAAACUGUGCGAUUUCGGUCACGCCAUCUAUGGCGUGAAAUAUGGUUCCAACGGCUCGUACGAAAUGGUAAUGACAGAUCACGCGUGCGGUACUCUUGAAUAUGAGGCGCCCGAAGUGAUCGCCUGUGAAUUACGCAACGAAUCGUAUGACGCGUUCAUUGCCGACAGCUAUAGUAUGGGAGUCGUACUCUAUCUGAUGGUUACCCACGACUUCCCAUAUAAUUGUGAAAACAUAGACGUCGAUAAAACAGAUGACAUGGACUACCACUACAACAGAGUUAUGAAUAGCGAGUGGACUAUUGAACAGAAGUACAAAACAGAUAGACUUUUGUUAGACUUAUUGACGCAUCUGUUAGAGCCCUCACCCCUUCAAAGACUACAUGUUUUUGAGAUAUUGAAUCAUUCGUGGCUUUCAUCGGAUGUCAGCAAUAAUACCUGGUCUUUGUUCGGCUCAUAACAACCCAUAUAUCAUAUUCAUACCAGUGUUUUGCGUACAAUAAAUGAUACUUUAAAAAAAUAUUCCGGUAUAUACUCAGUACAUAUGUUCAAUAAAUAACAUAA